GGGGUUAUUAGGGGGUCAAGAUCUUGACUCACCUUUCUUAAAACGCCACUGGCAAAAAGGUGUGCGACUGAGCGUAUCACGGCCUUCGAUUUUAAUACCAUGGUAGCCCUCUUGGUCAAAGUGAUUCACGCCAGAGGAUGACCAUGAAGACUAAGUUUGUCCUUUCACAGUUUAGUAUACUGUCGUGUUUUUUACUGUUGUUCUCCACGUUCUCCCGCGUGGCUGGUAAAAUGGGUAUUUCGUCGUCGCAUCUCAGUGUUCUCACCGAAGGAUCUCGGUGGAGUUAUCACGCAAAACCGAAGAGUGCCCACCAUACACCAUUCACGGAGAGAGGAGAGGAAGACCAGCAUUUGCGGUUCAUGUUGGAGAUGUAUAGAAUGGCUGCAGAAACAGAUGGUAGGCCGAAAGGGCAUAAAGUGUUUGGGUCCAACACUGUGAGGCUUUUACGCGCGUCCGUGCAAAAACGCAGUCUUGUAGCAUCUAAAGAUGUGCACUUCACACUGAAGUAUGAACUGGAAAGCCUUGAACUUGAGCGACUGGUACGGGCCUCGCUAGUCCAUAUGAAGUCACCUGUGGGACAACGACUGUCAGUCAAAUGUGAGGCCAAGGUCUGGCACCUGGGACCAACAGGAGAGCUGGGCAUGCCAUCAGAAGACACAGUGACCCUGAAACCUCACAACCAGUGGGUGGAGGGAGACAUCACACGCCAGGUGUCUCAGUGGAAGGAAGGUCCUCUGGCCCUGUCCGUUCAGUACCGCUGCCAGCGGGGAGGGCGGGUGAGGAAGAGAGGGAGGCGUGCAGUGACGGGGAGACGCCAGCCCCCCCAGGUGUCCUUGACGGCUCCUGCUCUUCUGCUCUUCUUGGAGGAGGAGGAGGAGAGGCACCCCAUUGAGCGGGGGUCAUCCGGCACACUUCCACCACACACUGCCUUUCGGCACCGGCGAUCCAAGGAGCCGGGGAGCAUUGUGUCGGAUAUCCCCAACUACAAGGGAAGCAAGAACCAUGUGGCCAAGAACCAGUGCAAAUUGCACUCCUACCAGGUGGCUUUCAGUGACCUGGGAUGGGAUCACUGGAUCAUUGCCCCUCACAAGUACAACCCACGAUACUGCAUGGGAGACUGUCCACGGAUCCUGCACUACGGCUUAAACUCGCCCAACCACGCCAUAGUGCAGUCUUUCAUCAGCGAGCUUGGUGUGGCAGACAUCCCACCCCCCUCCUGUGUCCCCUACAAGUACAAGCCCAUCAGCGUCCUUAUGAUGGAGCAGAAUGACAACAUUGUUUACAAGGAAUACGAGGACAUGAUUGCAGAAUCCUGCACCUGCCGGUGAGACGUCUCUUGUCGAGCUCUACGUCUCCCAUGCUCAAGUGUCUUGGUCUCAUUGGACAACAGUAAGAAUGUUUAUGAUGUGUUCUUUCUUUGGGUGCUGUGGGUCAUAAUGUCAUCCCCACACUUGCAGACUAUUUCUAGUGUCAAGUGGGCUAUGGGUAAAUGUGCAUGUUAAGGGUCUGUAUGUGUGUGUGUACGUCUGUGUAUUUUUUGUUUUCCAGGAGCCGUCUUAAAUCUGAACUUGGUGUUGGCGAUGUGUUUUUGAACGUGUUUUAUAUAUGGAUGUAAUAAUAAUAACAAUAAUAAUGAUGUUAAGUCAGUAUUUGACAGGCAUGAGCAGGGGAGCAUGGCAUUGUAUUAGCUGUCUGGAAUCCUUUUUGGGUAUGCAUGCAUGUUUGAAUUUUUGUUUGAGCUUGUGAUGAGACUAGUGAUUUUGUGCAUUCAAGUGUUGUAUCUAUUGACAUUUCUGAAGACCUUACAGAAAUUCAAAAAAAAAACUAAAAAAAGAAAAAAAAAAUCAAAAACAGUGAAGUGCUUUUUAAAGUUGUACUCUAAAAGGGCCCCUGGUCUGUGUGGAGGCAGCUGCGUGGCGUGUAGUUCUGUGGCGGGUUGGGCCAGCAAACUCAACAGGUGUGUUCAGUGAUGUUGCCAUCAGUCGGGUAGGCGGCUGGUUCCACAUUGUAAACCACAAGUUUUGUUAGUUUUUCUUCUGGUCAGAGAAAGUGGCCUCUUAAGGCAAGCAGAGAGAGAUUGUGAGGAUGAAAGCAGCAGCAGCAGCAGCAGCAGCAGCAGCAGCAUCAGCAGGAGAAGAAAGAGCAGUCUGAUUUGGGAUGAGCUAUUGAAGAAGGUCUCAUAACAGUGUUUCUCAUGAGAGAUGAACAUGGUUAAAGCAUUGACAGUUCUUUUAUUAACAUAAAUGAUGAGUACAAUAAUAAAAUAAAAAUGC